CCCGUUUCGAACCAUAUAUACCAACUAACAACACUACAAGACACCCUCUGUUCAGGUCCCCUACAUAAUCAAAGAACCCCCGAAGAAAUCAAGCCAGGAUGUCAGCUAUGGCGAGGGACGACUUCAAGGCGUUCGUGGCAAAAGCGUUGAAGAUGGCGACUUCGCAGUACAAGUCUGCCGUCGCGGAAGACAUCAAAGUCAUCGCCAAACGCAUGUUCAACAAGGACCCCACCCUCGUCAGCCAAGAUUGGAGCCAGGCGGACCCGCUGGUUUGGUGUCCCAGCCUAGCACAACUAGCUCGGGUGAUGACCGUCAACCCUGGACAAAACCGGCCUACUGCGAAUACGAAUGGGAAUGGAUUCGCUCCGAUCAGCAUAGCAGGGAAGGGAGGGGACAAGCUGACGAAGGGACAAGCUCAACCACCAGGACAGGGGUUACAACCUCCGAACGUAUUUUCGAAUUCUCAAUUCCCUCCUCUUGGCGCCCCACCCCCACCCCCAACCCAGACCUACGCCUCGGCUUCAACCUCUUCGAUCACUAACACCGCUCAGCAGAAACAACAACAAUCCCCAGCUACCAAAUCCAAGAAACGUAAAUCCGCCUCUCUUUUCCCCUCUGCCGCCUCAUCGUUGCAGACCUACGAAGAAGACCAAGCCAAGGCGAAACGAGCGAGGAGGUUCGAGAGGGAGAUCGAGCUUGAUAAGCAGAGAGAGAUGAACGGGGGAUGGGGAGAUGAUGAGCCUGAGGAAGGGUCCGGUCGGAUAGGCUGGGUUUCGUGGAAUCAAGAGGAACCAGAGGCGGAUCCCAACGUGAUCAACUGGGAUCGACAUACCAUCAAGGGGACGAGCACGACGAUCGAAAAGAGCUAUCUCCGGCUGACGAGCGCUCCGAACCCCGCCAACAUCCGACCAUUACAUAUAUUAGAAAAGACACUGGUACAUAUCAAGAACAAGUGGAAAAUGGAGGAGAAGCCCUAUCCGUGGAUCUGCGAUCAGUUGAAGAGUAUGCGACAGGAUCUGACGGUGCAAAGGAUCAAGAACGAGUUUACGGUCAAGGUAUACGAAUUCCAUGCUCGGGUGGCUUUGCAAUCCGCCGACCUGGGCGAGUACAACCAGUGUCAGUCGGUCUUGAAACAGCUUUAUGAACACGGUUUGCCCGGAUGUGCGGCAGAAUUUUUGGGAUACAGGAUUUUAUACAUGAUCCACACCAAGAACAUGAGCGAGCUCGGACGUGCCAUUGCCAGACUUUCCCCAACGCAGAAACGAGAAAAAGGAAUCGCCCACGCUCUCGCUGUACAUGCGGCCAUCACGACGGGGAAUUAUCAUCGGCUCUUCAGACUGUUUGUCGAUCCCGUGUUCUAUAACGCCAAGUUGAUGGUCCACUUUGUCGAGCGGGAGAGAGUGGCGGCACUGGCCAAGAUCUCCAAAUCGUACAUGACAAUACCACUCGGAUUCCUCGCUCGAGAACUUGGAUUCGCCGACCCUGAAACUCAAGUGGACCUAUGCGCACUUCUGGACAAACACCACGCGACCGUCUUUUCAACCCCGACCGCUAAGCAUACCAUCGCUCAGGCCAACCACGCUAACGAGAACCGACGGCUGAGCGAGAUGGACCGUGAAUCACUCGACGCAUUGGUCUGGAAUUGUAAAGCGAACGCAGCGGCUUGUGAAGCGGCCGUGGCCAAGUACAAGGUCGUCGAUAUCAAGGGGCAGAAGUAGGGUGCUAUGGAUGAGCUCUCCGGACAGGGAACCGGCAACCAAGACAGGUUUGGAUUGGACGUUCCGGAGAUACUAAUUUACAGCUUUGCACCCUGAUAUAGCUGCAAGGUCAGCGGGACGCUCAAGGGAACUAAGCGGAUGCGUACAACCUUGAAGGUACGCCUCACGUGGGGUGACCUGUUUCGCUCCCUAUGCGGCAAUUUGGUGGACUUUCAUCCGGUCAUCGGAAUCCCCCUAUUCGCAGGCUGUCUUUCCCAGCCCUUGGUCGAUAUCUUCGUACGAUGUGGACAAAGCCUGCAGAAGGGGUUUUGCAUUCGCAGGUAGUCGACAUUCAAUUUGUAACCUUCCCGCACACAAGCAAUGUUUCAUUUAUGACAUCACGUCCGCAGCCACUUU